UGCUUUAGCCGGUUCGCCAUGAGACUGGUAUUUCCCAACCGGGGACUGGAUCUGCGGAUCCCUAACUAUGAGGAUCUGGAGAGGCUAGAGAAGGAGGAGGCCAGUGACAGGCCCAAGUGGGACAACAAAGCCCAGUACAUCCUAACCUGUGUGGGUUUCUGCAUUGGGAUUGGCAACGUGUGGCGAUUCCCUUACUUAUGUCAAAGUCAUGGAGGAGGAGCCUUUUUGAUCCCAUACCUGAUCCUGCUGGUGUUGGAGGGAAUGCCACUCCUGCUGAUGGAGUUUGCCAUUGGCCAGCGCCUGAGGAAAGGCAGUGUGGGAGUGUGGAGGGCUAUCAGCCCUUAUCUGACUGGUAUUGGUAUAGCCUCCAUGCUGGUAUCCUUUUUGGUUGGACUAUACUACAACACCUUGAUAGCCUGGAUCAUGUGGUAUUUCUUCAACUCCUUUCAAGACCCACUGCCUUGGACCCAGUGUCCUCUUGCUGACAAUGGGACAGCAUUUGUACCAGAGUGUCAACAGAGCUCUACUGUGGACUACUAUUUUUACCGAGUGACUCUAAAUAGUUCAGCCUCUAUAGCUGACUCUGAGGGACUCCACUGGCCCAUAGUAGUCUGCCUCUUAGCUGCCUGGACACUCAUCUGUAUCUGCUAUAUACGGGGCAUCAGCACUUCAGGCAAGGCAGUGUAUGUCACAGCCAUCCUGCCGUACAUAGUGCUGGCCAUCUUCCUGGUCCGAGGACUGACUCUUAAAGGAGCCCUGAGCGGAAUAAAGUUCCUCUUCACACCAGACGUGGAGGAGUUGAUGAAACCAACAACUUGGCUGGAUGCAGGUGCCCAGGUCUUUUAUGCCUUCAGUAUAGCAUGGGGAGGCCUCAUCUCCUUCUCAAGCUACAACCCUGUUCACAACAACUGUAUGCAAGAUGCUGUGAUCCUGACUGCAAUUACUGGUUUCACCUCAAUCUAUGCUGCCACAGUCACCUACACCAUCAUUGGCUUCAGGGCCACUGAGAAAUAUGACAACUGUAUCAAUGAAAACAUCAUGACAUUAUUAAACACAUUUGAACUACCUGAAGAUAACAUCACUACGAGCAACUAUGAGGAAGUGUUCGCUCAUUUCAACAGCUCCUAUCCUGACACUGUUCUUGGAUUGGACAUCAAAACCUGUGACAUGCACAAACUCCUCAGCGAGGGAGUGGAGGGAACAGGUUUGGCCUUUAUUGUGUUUACAGAAGCCAUCACCAAGAUGCCUGGCUCUCCAGCGUGGUCUGUCCUAUUUUUCAUCAUGCUUCUCUGCUUGGGGGUCUCGACCCUGUUUGGCAACAUUGAAGGAGUGGUGGUACCCUUGAAAGACCUGAAUAUGUUUCCUAAAAAAUGGCCCCAGGAAGCACUGACUGGAACAACAUGCGUUGUUGCCUUUGUCAUCUCCCUCCUGUUUGCGCAGCACUCAGGGCUUUAUUGGGUAACUCUCUUUGACAACUUUGCUGGAUCGGUUCCACUUCUGACCAUUGGAUUGUUUGAGUUGAUAGCUGUCGUGUACAUCUACGGCAUAGACAGGUUCAAUGAGGACAUGGAGUUCAUGAUUGGACAUAAGCCCUCCAUCUUCUGGCAGGUUUCAUGGAGGUUCAUCAGUCCUCUAAUCAUCCUGGUUAUCUUAGUUUUCUACCUGGUAACCCAAGCCCAAGAGGAGCUCACCUAUUUAGUCUGGGACCCCAACUCUGAGGGGUUUCCAUCGCUGGCAUCAAUACCGUACCCUUCAUGGAUAAGUGCAGUCAUAUUUCUUUUGGCCGGAGUCCCCAGCCUGGCAGUGCCUGUGUAUGCAUUAUGUCGACUGAUCUUUGUUGGCUGCAAGAAAAAAUGUGCAUCCACAGAAAAAAUGAAGCAAAUUUCUUAAAGUAAUUAAAACAUCGUAAAAUUAGAGUAGAACAAAAUGCAUGAUAUUUUUUAAAAUUUGUUGUGUUGCUUUCAUAAGAAAAUCUUUAAGCUUAUUUGGUUUUCCGCUGCAAACUGUGGGGCACAAGGCUGAGCUGUUAAUGAUGUCAAUGAAUGUAAAUUGGACAUAUUUCUGCUCAUGCUUUAUGGCUGCCCUAUCAAUGAGUUUCUUAUUGUAUUGCAUCUUUUUUUAUUUUAUUAAAAGGCAAGACAUUAUGCUGUUUUUCAUCCAUCCACGCUCUAUAGCUGCCGAUCCUGUUUAGCAACGCGCAUGUAGUUUUGUACAUGAAUAUAGCUUGCUUGUGAGUUUUGUCAUUAAACUAUUUUUGUCACUUUAAAACUUUACUCACUUUACUUUCAACAGAUUUUUACCUUGACACCAUGAAUUGUCCGAUAACUUGAAUAUAAGUACAUACUCAUAAUGUGGCCAACUUUAAGAUGAUCCCUCAAAAAAUAAAAAAAAACAAUGGGGCCUAAUAUAUUUAUAAUAUAUAGCCCUUGUGGUGUGUUCAAGAGGAGAAGACACAAGUUGAUGUGAGUCAAUGCAUCAGCACUAGCUGUUUGAUAUCAGUUCGGUAUGUGUAGGCCCUAAUUAUACAGUUCAGUGAUAAGACAGGCAGAAAAUUAAUGAGGAGAAAGGAUUUUUUUUCUCAAAUGAAGUGGAAAUGCCCAAAUCUGCAAAUAUUUUAGAAGUAAGUUACAUUAACUUUACGUAAAAUUAUUAGAGAAUAUUCCCUUAAACCCUAAAUUAUAUAUUUGGAAUUACAUGGAUGACAAAAACUGAAUCAGUUGGACUUAUGAGUGCAAAAAGAGAGAUUAACAAUAUGAAUGAGAAAUUAUGGCUACAAACCUUUGCAUCAUUACAUUGUUUUGAUCUCUUACAUACAUAUGUACAUAAGCACUACUACUGAGCCAUUUAAGUAUGUAUAUAUAUUAAUAUACUGUAUAUAUGUGGGGUAUGCAUAUGUAUGCGUAAAACAUAUACAUACAUAUACAUGUGAAUGUAUUUUGUACAGUCAAGUAUAUGCAUGUAUAUGUGCGUACGGGUAUAUACGUAUGGAUAUGAGUAUGUAUGAAUAUAGCUUGUGUACUGUAUGUUUAACCUGCAGCAACAGAGCCUGAAAAAAAGAACAAGUUUUCUUGUUUUGUCUGGCCUGGUGGAGGAGGCUAUAGAUGCACUUUUUGUUGUGAUAUUGCUGUUUUUAAUUUAAUUUCUUUAUUUUUGCACAUUUUUUGUUCAAAUAUUGUGUUUAAUAAAUAUGUUUCCAUUCAAAAAUGCUUUAAGGAUUAGACAUUUUUUGAUUCUUAAUUGCAGUUGCCAAUUAUGUGUUUGCAGAACGGGACAUGCACGCACGCACUAUUUGGGACUUGCAGAAGCAUGUUUACACCAGCAGGUGGCAGAAACAGACUUGGAAUUGUAUUGUUUCAACAGAAAGAGAAUUACAGAUGUCAAUAAUCAUUAUGAGAUGUAGGAGAAAAUCAAUUCACAUUUACAGUGUUUUUACAUUUACGGUUUUUCAUGAGCUAAUUGUGUCAAAUAUGGGAAUUAUUAAGUCAAUAAGCUUUAAACUGAUAUAGUCAUGAAACUUUCUAGCUACACGUCCAAUAUUUUUCUGUUAAAAGGAUAGGCUCGCAAUUUUUCAAGUCUUUCCAAACAAUAGUCAGGUGCCCAUACUGGCCAUUUUGCUGUUCAUACAGGCUAUCAACAGAUUCCUUCCAAAUGCGCUUCCAUAGCAAGUGCUGGACUGGACUAACAGAGGGAAAUCCACACUGACUGAGACCAAGACUAAAACUACUCACAGAAAGGAUCCAGCCAAAUGGCUAAGCAAUAAUAUUAACAUUUUUUGCUAUGAAGCUUUUGAUGUAACUUUGAAUCAAUUUCAAAAGCAUUUGUGCAACUGUUUUACAAAUUAUAGCAUUUGUGGCGAAUUGUAUUUGAUUCAGUCAGUCGGUCAUUCAUUUCGGUACCUGAUGCAAGUUACCACCAAAAAAAUCUUUAAUUAACACUUGGUGUGCUGCUCGUCAGUGAGUACAUCCUCAUGGGAAUCAACAUUGGCAAGAACAAUAUAACAGGUUGGGAAGGGAGAAGAGAAUAAACCUGAGCUCAUCGUCACAGACAGGAAACACAGGCAUGAAGGUUUUAUUAUUAUUACUAACUCAGUUAUUUCUAAUCUGCAGAUAAGUAAUGUAACUAAAACCGCAAUCUGCAAUCAAAACGGCUUCCCCAGAUUACCAUGAUUGACAUUACAUGAUUGCAUCCUAUUUACUAUCUGCCUAGUGUCAGCUGGUUUCAGCCCUUUAUCUGUUAGAUUCUCUCCUACUCUCUGUGCUCACAUAUAUAGUAUUUUAAUACAGCCAAAAUUUCCAAUAAAGAUGUUUUCAUUUACAUGUUUUUCUGUUACUGUUGUCAGACAACGGUGUAAGUUUAAAAUAGUGACUGACACAUGGCCCAUUAAGAGUACAUGUUAACCAGCAAUCACUUCCAAGCCAUUUUCCUAACUGCUGCUCUGCUGCUAAAACCGAGUUAAAGACAACAACUGUGCUGUGACUUGGGCUAUAUUUACUUGUAAAAUGAUCACUCAGAGAAAUGACUAGAAGCGACACAAUAUCUUUCUUAUUUUGUCUCUCACACAGCCCACAGCCUCCAUCUGCGUAACAAACUGCUGCCCCACCUCUCGCCACUCACUGAACAGAGUAGAUGUGAGCAGAUGGGGCAGUAUUGGUGUCUCUCCUCUAAGAACAGUAUUUUAAGUUUUUCCAAAAAGUCACUGGAUGCUCUAUCUGUUUCUCUGUCACUAGCCUCAGGUUAAUAUCAGAAUAGAGUUUACAAGAGCUAUAAGUAUUUUAGUUUAAACUAUUUAAAAAAAUGAACUAAGCUUAUUAACAGAACGAGGGUUGAUACUCGGUUGUGAGUAGCCAGUGAUUGCAGUCCCGGAAACAUGCACGCUCUCAUGCACACCCCUAAUAUCAGGCAUGCAGAGAGCCAGAGUAAAAACUUUAUGGGAUUUUUCUUUUGGUCCGUCGGGAUUUGUCAGUGUGUCUGAUGGUAUGGUGUGGUAUGGUACAUUUCUGGUAAUAUGCUGCCCCCUACUUGUUUGGAGUAUGAAUUCAACAGUUCCACAUUGCCUCUUAAAGGCUUAUCUUUUUAUUAGAUUGCUGGAGCAGCAUUUGGCACAUAUGGACAGAGACUCUGAAAUAGUUUCUCGCUGCAUUUUUUCACCUUUUCUUACAUCUAGGUCAGUUACUAUCACUAUUUUACUAUUAAUACAUUUUAUUUUUACUGACUUUUUACUUUUUUCAUCUGCUUGCUUUAAAUGUCAUUUUACUUAUUUUUUUCCUUCUGUUUUGCACAUUGCCUUGCAUUUUAAUUAACAAAACCUGUUAAAUGUGUAAAGUUUGACUGAGUGAAUAAACACAGCAUGAUCACUUUACAACUUUAAUGAUGUA